UGAUGCGUCGCAAAACAGAUUCAUCGUGGACGACGCGUCCUGAGAUGCUAUGAUGUUCUACUCUUCCUGUCGCUAAAUCCACGGACUUCAAGAAGCUGGCAACGCGAAAAGUUUCGAUUGAGUGUGCUGGAGAUCGUCCAUUCUGGGGCUUCGCUAGCAAAAUCGCGCGGAGGAAGACAGGUGCUCUCCAGAGACGGCUAAAGCUUUGUGGGGUGAUACGAGACGACGAUGUUUGGUGGUUUCCGUAAAACAUACCUAGGUAUCCAGUUCGUAAACAGCUUGCUCGGUGCCACUCUACAAAAUUCGCUAUCAAGGAAGUAGAGAUCUCAAAGAACACCCCAGAGGAAGAAGAAUAUCGUUCUCAUGCUGUCUUGACUAUGGCGCUUGAUGGAUCUACCACGGCAAAAUUAGACCUCGUCCGAGAUCAGUGCGGUGCCACCGGCCUCACUUCUCGAACAAAAAUUCUCAUUUUCGGGUACCUUUCCGGUACAAAGCGCCACAUGUCCAUGUACGACAAGACCUUGAGUGGUAUCUGCAAUGGCCUAGCUGUUCCGCUAGGUAGCUGUCAACAAUUUCGACUCGGCAAGGAUAAUUCAUGGUUGUUUACCAAAUUAUCAGCUUCGGAUUCAUUAACGAAUAUACACCAUCAGAUGCUAGAUGCUUUCCAAGAAUGUAUCAAAGAUCACUACGCUUCGGAGAUAAAGGAAGGUCGAGUUAAAUGGUGGCCACGUAUAGCACUCAAGAGGCACGCAACCGAGACCGACCUCAAAGCGUGGUUGACGACUAUGCGACGUACCUAUCCCGCUGGCUUUGAAUUGGGGAACGUCACUGGUUUCAACUUGUAUCACUUGAUUUAUACAGCCUCAGGAGAGAAGAGUCGAAUUUUGGUUAAGUACAGAUUUCAUGGUGAAGAUGAGAUCGAUGAGGUUUAAACGACCUUCAUCUCAUACCCUCUUCUCCGCCAAAAGAAAACCCUUAUGUUUGGCAUUGCAUUGGUCUUGUGCUGAAUAUG